AUGGGAGGUGCAGAGUCUGUUUCUCCGACGCCAAGAGAGCCGGUCUCUGAAGAUCUGUCGUCUUACUUCAAUAAAAGCGCCGCGAUAGUGAGGACCUACACAGACAGAUUCGAACAUCAAUAUGCUCGCCCCGUUAUGAACACAUCCCAAGCGUUCUUUGACGACCGUCCGAUAUCCGCAAUAUUCGUUGCAAUCUUCUCUACGCUUAGCUUUUUACCCGCAGUUACCUUUUUAGGGAUAUCCUUAUUCAUCAUCUUUGCGUCCACCGUCACUGCUCUGGUUUUUGCAUUUCUUGCGGCUGCCGCCGUCGUACUCACGCUCUUGACCUGCCUCGUAUCUACCCUCAUCGCAACGGCCUUUGCCUCUGCAUUCCUCACCUUUGCACUUAUCAGCUCCUUCCUCUUCCUCCGUAUCGUCAUCCUCGUUCACCGGGACGGUGUACUCGGCAUCUCAGCAUGGGUGAGCGAGACCAAACAACGGCUGAUCUACGUCUCCACCCCUCGUCCCCCCACCAAGCCUCCCAGUAGCAAGCGAGAAACCGGUCCUCUAUUGGAACGGUCAGACUCGCCCAGCAGCUCAGUGAUAGUCGUGCAAGAGAUGGGUGUCAUUUCCCGGCCUUCCGACAUCAAACAUGAGAGGGAGCUUUACGAUGAUUAUGGAGCUCAGGGGUCGGGUUAAUUUUUGUCAAAUCUCCGGUUUGUCCUUGUAAUAUUACUACAGCCACAGUCGUUGUUUUCUUGUGCGUGCUUUUUAUAGAACCCCUUUUCCCCAC